GUCCGGCAGCAGUGAGGCUGCAGGCGUGGAGGAGAAGCGUGGAGUGAAAUGGAGAGAGAGAAGAACAUGUCUAAGAAGCGAAAGCUGGACAGCAGCGCUCAGGACAGCCUGUACUUCGAGAGCUACGCCGACGUCACCAUCCACGAGGAGAUGCUCGCGGACACGGUGCGCACGGACACGUACAGGCGGGGCAUCUUCCGGAGCGGCGAGCAGAUCCAGGGGAAGGCGGUGCUGGACGUGGGCGCCGGCACCGGCGUGCUGAGCGUCUUCUGCGCGCAGGCCGGCGCCCGGAAGGUGUACGCGGUGGAGGCCAGCUCCAUAGCCGAGCAGGCCGCGCGCGUCGUGCGCCUGAACGGCGUGGCGGAUCGCGUGGAGGUGAUCCGGGGCACGGUGGAGAGCGCGGAGCUGCCCGAGAAGGUAGACCUGAUCGUGAGCGAGUGGAUGGGCUACGCGCUGCUGCACGAGUCCAUGCUCAACUCGGUCAUCUUCGCCCGGGACAGGUGGCUCCGGCCGGGCGGCCUCAUCCUCCCCCAGCGCGCCGAGCUCUUCGUGGCGCCCAUCAACCACCUGGUGGCCGAGGAGAGGCUGAGCUUCUGGAGCACGGUGAAGGGCCAGUACGGGGUGGACAUGUCGUGCAUGACCGACUUCGCCCGCUCGUGCAUCAUGAACGGGGAGAUCUCGGUCCAGCCGGUCAGCGUGGAGGACGUGCUCUCGCACCCGUGCAGGUUCGCCACGCUGGAUUUACACACGGUCACGCUGGAGCAGCUGAAGCGCGUGAGCGGGAGCUUCUGCUGCCGGUGCUUCGGCUCCUCCUCGCUCAACGCCUUCUGCGUGUGGUUCGCCGUCACCUUCCCCGGGGAGGACGGCACGCAGCCCCUGGUGCUCUCCACGUCGCCCUUCAAGCCCGAGACCCACUGGAAGCAGGCCGUGCUUUAUCUGGACGAGCCUGUGGACGUUGUUCAGGACACUAGAGUGGAGGGCAGCAUCAGCAUGUUUCCCUCAGAGCAGAGUUCCAGACAUAUAUGCAUCCAUGUGGAGUACACCAUCGGGGAGCACAAGCAGACAUCAAAGACCUUCUCCAUUCCUGACUGGGGGCAAGAAAGUCAAUGAAUUAGUGCUUUGGUUUGUUAACUUCCUUA